AUGCCGUUGACCGACGAGCAGCUAAAGGCGAUCGAGCAGGCCCGCUCGCCGAGUGCCAUCGCCGAGGACGCGCAAGGCGGGCGUAUCAACCUGCUGCUGGCAGCCGCCGCGUCGGGCAAGACGACGACGAUGCUCGCGCUGAUCGAGGUGCUGCAUGCGCUCGGCCACGGCUCACGGGGCGGCACCUACACGCUCUACGCCGUGUUCAACGCGAACGCGAGGGGUGACGCCGACAAGAGGAUGCACAAGCUGUCGGCAGGUGCGAAAAGGUCGGUGGACUGUCGCACUACGCACUCGGCGGCUCAACACUGCACCCCGGAGCUGAAGAACAACAUCCAGUUCCCCAAAAACUCGGCGCGCCGCGAGUGGCGCUGUCCGGAGAUGGGGGGCGGAGCGAUCGAGAAGUACGUCCGGCGAGUCUGCGGUGACGAGAUCCGCGAGCACGUCAUGAGCGGGAGCUCGCCGCCGAGCACCGACAAACAGCGGCAGCGCGACGAGGAGCUCUGCGCGUUUUGGAUUUACAAGACGUGGCUCAACUGGGUGCAGAAGGCGGGCUGCCUCGGGGCCCUCGCCCCGGCCAACAUCGACGCCUCCACCCGGAUCGGCAAGCUGACCUACUACCCGUGCGUCAAGAACUGGACCGGCGAGGGCGGUGAGGAGGGGCGGCGGAGGCAGCGGCUGCCGGGCUGCUUCCCGGGCACCUUCUACACGGCGUGCGCCGUCAAGCUGUGGCACGCGAUGAUGGCGGAGCGGCUCUUUGUGACGCACGACGCCUACCUCAAGUACGCGCAGCUGUCGAAGCACCCCUUCGGCUGGUUCGACGCGCUCCUCCUCGACGAGAGCCAGGACCUGACCGAGUGCCAGGUGGAGCUCCUCGUCGUGAACCAGCCUCAGGCAGACAUCUUCGUGGUGGGCGACGCGGUGCAGUCGCUCUACUCUUGGCGCGGCGCGGCACCCAAGCAGCUGCGGCAGCUGCGGCAGCGCGUCGCGCCUCGCGCCGUCAAGGAUGAUCUGAGCAUGACGCGCAGCUUCCGGUUCGGGCCCGGCAUCGCGCGCAUCGCCAACCACUUCCUCUUCCUCAAAAAGCACAGCCGGCAGCACAGCUUGUGGCACCACUACACGAUCAGCGGCGCGGGGAAGCUGCCGGUCCUGUACGUCGGCGGCGAGCCGCUGAGCGGGCGGCGGACUGUCGUCGGCCGCUCCAACGCGGGCCUCCUGUGCGAGGCCUUCGCGCUGCUGUCGGCCGACCCGACGGUCAAGGUUGCGCUGCUCGGCCCCAAAGACACCACCUACGAGAGGUUCGAGGGGAUCUGCGACGAUGUGCUCGUGCUGCAGCCGCACUUCAAGGCGGAGGACGGCUUCUCCUUCAGGGGCGCGCAGUACGACUCGUGGGAGGACUUUGAGCAGGAGGUCGAGGACCGAGAGAUGCCGUACGGGCCUCACCUCUCUCUGCUGCGCAAGUUUGCCAGCGGCGGCGACGAAGGCGGCGGCGGCGGCGGCGGAGGCGGAGGCGGCGGCGGAGGAGGCGGCGGCGGCGGCGGCGGCGGGUCUAGCGGCGAUGGUGGAGGCCAAUUGGCGGAGUUGGUUGACCUGUUUCGGGAGCACGUGUUGCGCCGGCGGCUGGCGGAGGACGAGUGCGAGGUGCUGCUCACGACGGCGUGCGGUGCAAAGGGCCUGGAGUGGGACAAUGUCAAGGUGCUCGAUGACUACGCCAAGCUAAUGACCUUCGAGCGCGUGCCGGAGGAGGAGCUGCAGCAGGGCGGCGAAUACGCGUCCAUCCAGGCGGAAGGCGCGUCGCCACAUCGUGGCGCGCCGAUGCGUUUCUGCUUGCCCGGGGACUGGAAGGGUCUAGAAUCGCAGAAACGCGACGAGCUCAACUCGUGGUACGUCGCCGUGACGCGGGCGCGGCAGCGCCUGCAGCUGCCCAGCCGGUUCUGGGCGUUGCAUGACGCCGUGUGGGGCGGUGGAGACUUCCGCCCGGACCCAUCCGAGGAGAGCGCGCCUCAGUACACCGCGGAGGAGGUCGAGGGCAUCAAUGCGCUCCUCGCCAAGAUGCGUGGCGCGCUCCCACCAGCCGGCGCCGAGAUGGAGGACGAGCUCAGCCAGGGCAGCAGCGUGGCGACGGCCGCCCCCUCCGCCCACGGCACCCCCUCCUCGUUGCCCUCCUGCUCCGCCGUCUCGCCAGCAGGCUCGGCGCUUCGAGGCCUCGCGCUUGCGGGCUUCCUCCUUGGGGUCGGCGCUCUUUCUUGGCUGGCCGUGGCUGGGCGGAUGUGGGGGGCCGACUCCACGCUCGCGGAGAGCUUAGUGUCAGCGGAGAAGGGGUGGGAGGACCGGCUGCUCGUACCGGUGGAGAAGGGGUGGGAGUGGUGGGACACCGUGCUUGCCGCGGCCGACCAGGUCCACGACAUCGGCCAGGGGAUGGGGCUUUGUCGCGGGCAUAAUGACUCGUGCCACGUGUGGGACUGCUGCCUCGAGACAGGCGAGGACGACCCCUUGGGACAACGCAAACUCUGGUGCAAUCCCUUUGGGGGCGGCGAGCAGGAAAUGUUAGUCGGCUCGGUGGGAAAGGCGCGUUGCCGCGUCUGCGAUGCGGUUGAGGGCGAGAUUGGCAAGGACACCAUCACCACAGUCAAUAGCAGCGGCACUUUUACGACGGCGAAACAGGGCGCGGUGGCGGGCUCCAUAGCGCAGACAGGGGCGAGCCCGAUUAUCAGCAGCUUCACCGCCGCGGCCGCCUCCCCGGCUCCGGUCGACGAGGAACUGGUGUCAGCCCUGCUGGCGCUGCAGUACGAGGGGAAGCCCAUCUUCGCGGCAGCUGAUGCGACGGCGGUCGCGACGGCAUUGGGUAAGGACGGCGGUACGUUCGCUGACCUGAUGGACCCCGACAUGAUCGAGGACGACGAUCUGGUGGAUUAUGUGCCCUUGAAGAUGCAGCACAACAAGAUACUCAAGCUCCGGAGCCCGCCCCCCCCCGCACCCCCCCUCGAGGCAGCAACAAUGCUACGCUAG